CUGUGAAGCCGGGUGUUGUGGAGGUGGUGGGAGGGGGGGAGUCGAUCUCCCGGAACUGCCCAUGGAUCCGACGCAAGAAGACACCGGAGCGGAGGCCGGAGUGUGGGGGGAGAUCACAGCGCCCACCGCGACACCGUGUGGAACAGAGUUUGCCGACCGCGCCCUGAGCGAUCCCGCCCGGACGCCUCCUCCCGACUCCGGCCCGAGAGCUGAGGAGCCCAGGGACUCCACCAGCGACCUCUGCCCAUCCGACUCUGAGACCCCGAGCCACGGUCAGGAGCCGGUGGAGCAGCAGCAGCAGCACCGGGCGGGAGACCCCGAGCCCCCGGGUUACAGUGACCGGGCGGACGGGUUGCCCCCCCACCUCCUGAGCUCCUCGGGGCUCAAAUGGUCGACCGACAUCCCGGAGGACGGCUCGGUGGGACCGGGCCUCGGGGACCCCCCCCUGGGAGCGGAGACGUGGGGCCGCGGGCCAGAGGACGGUGCGGCCGGGAAAGGUUCGGGGCCGGAGGCGGCGGCGUUCCUGGACGGGGAACGGACCCGGGAGGACCCGGACGCGGUGCCCAUUCCCGCCGCCGGACGGCUGACCGCGGAUUCCGCAGCGCAGACGGAGUGCGAGACGGCAGAGGCAGAAGUCAACACGGACCAGGAUAUCGGGAAUUUUAUGAAAGCGGUGACCUGCGAGAGGGAGGUUCUGAAGGAGAGAUACCAGGAAGUCCUGGAUCGGCACAGGCAGCUGGAAAACCAAUUACAGAUUAAAAUCCGAUGUCUUCAGCAGCAGGCGGAGGAGGAGAAGAACAUCUGCCAGGAGAAUGGAAAGCAGAUUCAGGAGGUGAAGACCAAGUUGGAAGAACUGAAGAAGAAGUCUGAGAGGGAGAAGAAGGAGUAUCUUCAGAAGGAACAGGAGAUGAAGAGUGAAAUCGAGAAACUUUACGAAACCGGGAAGCAGUUAAUGAAGGAGCAGGAGGAGAAGGGGAUCCAGGUGGCAAUCUUAAUCAGCGAGCAGGCGGAGAAAAAGGAGAAGGUCAAUGGGGACUUGGCGAGAGCCAGGCAGCAUCACAACGAGGUGAACAAGAAGAUACUAGCGGAGACAGAGAGAGCGUUAAAAGCCGAGGUGAUUUCCCUGGAGAGCAAAAGGCAACUGGCGGUGAUGAUGUUGGACCAGGCGGAGAUGGAGGCGGAGAUGCAGAUUCGGAACUCGGGGUCUCUGCCCAUCAACUCAGGCCAUCUGCAGGAGUGGCAAGUGAGGCUGAGUGAUAUUCGUAUACAGAAGGAGAGUUUGAAGAAGCAGUAUAGCGCUCAGAUCGAGAUGGUGAAAAAUGGGGCCAAGCUCAGCAGUCUUUCCAUCAUUCCACCCCCCAACCUGCUCCCAGCCCCCGCAGAGGUUACGGCUGACGCCAUGCUGAAAGGAAGGUGGCCGGGCUCCAUCCCUCUGAAUGCCUUUCAAACCCUCAGCGUAGCUCCGGUUACGCCACACUUCCCAACUCCGUUCUUCCCCAGCAGCUCAGGAUCGACUCCGCCCUCCCUCCCCGGGGCCUUCUAUCGCAGGAAUCUCCCGGGAGCUCCCCCGGGGUUGGGCGGAUACUCGGAGGCCGAGGGGAUGGGAUGUCCCCCUGCCCCCAGGACCGUGGCCAAACUGGACAAACUUCUGGAGAAACUGCAAGCGAAGUUGCCUCAUUGUAGCCGAGCUCAGUUGACGCAGCAGAUCAAGCAGAUCAAGAUGUCGCGGGGAUCAAUCGCUGACCUCUCUGUGGACGAGCUAAUGAAUCUAGUGGCUCAGAGACUGAAUGAAGCUGAACAGUCCCCUGGGAGCCCCCGCCUUUGCCUGAUGUGCCAGAAGGUCGUGCGGGGGAACGAGGUACAUCCCAUGAGCUGUUCGCACAUCGUCCACAAGGAGUGCAUCAAAUAUUGGGCGCAGUCCAACAAGAACAGCGCCUGUCCCUUCUGUCCCACGCUGAGGUGACCAAUGUGUAUCCACGAGUCUUGACAGAAGCUUGGAUCGCAACGAGGAUUCAUCUUCCAAACCUACUCCUCCAUCAGUGAUGGGGGGGGGGGUGGGUGGGGAGAGAGAGGAGGGGGGGUAGUAAAAAAAAAAGGCCCUGCCAUCUUCUCUUGACCAAAAACUGAACUCGAACAUGGAAUGGGUCAUCAGAUUAUUAUUAGUAGUAGUAAAAGUCAUUUUGUUAUAAAUGUGGACCAAAGUGUUCACUGACCACAUGGCUAUCAAGAAAGUAAGGAUAUUGUCCCCAUGUGUGGAGACUGAGGUAAAGAGGAAUGUGUUUUUAUAUAUAUAUAUACAUGUAUAUCGAUAAAUAUAUAUCAAUGGUUGAACGCUCAAUAAAGGUAUGGUUGAUAAA